AAAGAGCCAUAGAUGCGAAAUCAGAGAAAGCCCUAGAAGUAGAACAGAAGAGAAAAGAGAAAACAAAGGAGAGAGAGAUGGGAACUCCAGAGACGUCAAGGGAACCAUGUCCAGACCGCAUCCUGGACGACAUAGGCGGCGCGUUCGGCAUGGGCGCGGUGGGUGGGUCCGCCUUCCACUUCCUCAAGGGCCUCUACAACGCACCAAGGGGCGCGCGUGUCGUCGCCGCGUCACAAGCGGUACGCCUCAACGCGCCGCGCGUGGGCGGAAGCUUCGCCGUGUGGGGCGGCCUCUUCUCCAGCUUCGACUGCACCAUGGUCUACCUCCGCCAGAAGGAGGACCCCUGGAACUCCAUCUUCGCCGGCGCCGCCACCGGCGGCUUCCUCUCCAUGCGCCAGGGCCUCCCCGCCGCCGCCCGCUCCGCUGCGUUCGGCGGCGUCCUUCUCGCUCUCAUCGAGGGCGCCGGCAUCAUGCUCAACAAGUUCCUCAGCGCGCAGCAGCCGAUGCCGAUGAUUGUCGAUGAGCCUCUUCCGCCUAACGGGCUACCGGGCCAGCCGGUUGCUUCGGCGCCGGACGCUGCCUCGCAAUCGUCGUGGUUAGGUGGUUGGUUCGGCGAUGGGAAGAAGGAUGAGGCGGCGGCGGAGGCUACCGGAGGAAGCGAGACCAAGGUUUUAGAGAGCUUUGAUGCGCCUCCUGUGCCCAAUUUCGAGUACAAGUGAAAUUGGUUAAGAAUUAAAGAUAAUUUAUUUUUGGGGUUUAGGGUUUUAGUUUUCUUUUUAGGGUUGGGAGGUUCUUUUUGAAUCUUUCUUCUCAGUGAUUGACUAUUAUUGUAUCAGCAAGUAUAGUUUCGAUUUGCCUUGUUUUCUGUUUUCUUAUGAUAUAUCAUAUAUGCUAAUGCAAGAGAAUAACAGGUGGUGUUAAAUGCUUUUUAAUUUAAUUUUUUUAUCGGCA